UAGUUACUUGUAGAUUUAUACAAUGAUAUAUUUAGACUUCAAUUGCUAACAUUAACAAUGCAGUCUUCAUUGGCAAUAUUGUUAGCAAAUUAGACUUUUAACUUUGUUUAAUUGCCUAUCGAGAUGCCCCUAGAUUAUUGGGCAUUGUAUUGUGGCGAACACGAAUGCCAGCACAAAUCAGAAUUGACAAUAUUCUGCUAGAACCAACUAGAUAGCGAAUUCGUAGUUCCCAGAAUGUUCGAGUAGCGAAGUUUCGUUAUUGAAUUGGUAAAUAUACUUUAUGCAACAACUAUUUAAGUCUUUAAAUAUGUAAUCUUAUUUUUCUAAUAAAUACAGAAAAAAGUAGGUUUCUACCCUUUUCAUUGUUCGCAUAAAUUUUUGUCAUCCUUAUAAGAUUUUUAAACGGUUCAACAGCUCAAACAUGCGCUAUAUCAGCUCGAACAUACCUAUUUCGAUAAUGAUUUUUUUAUGGAUGAAAAUGCCUACUCAAGACUAUUGCCAACGUGAAUGGCAAUGUAUUUAACAUAUGGUUGGCAAUGUAUAUGGCCUAUGGAGAAGCGGAGUUAUGUCGAUACUUUUGCCCAAAUACAAUUUACCCAACGAAACAUGAAAAUAUCGGACAUUGUUGUCAGGAGAUGAAAACUAUGUACAUAUUGCCAAUUAAACUUUUUUGUAGAAAUGAAAAUUGAACUGUAAUACUCAGCUUUUUGUAUGAGUACGUUCACGUAAAAAGUUUUCAACCCGAAGCCACGCGGAACGUUAGGCAUCUGCUUUGCCAAACAACUGUCGCCAUUUUUAUUAGAGACAAAUACUGAAGGCAAAGCGGUUAUUGUGUCAUACGUUAUGUGUUCUGCGCUUCGGUGUUUUAGUAUGAAUUAUCACACAAAGCGAGGAAAGUUGUAUGUAAAUGACCUUAAAUUAUUUAGACAAUUAUUGCCCAACUAAAGCAAUAUUAAGUUUCCUAUGGUAAUAAUUACAGCAAUAUAGUUAUCUAUGCAUUAUUUAUUGCUUGUCCAAAUGUCCAGUUAGCCCUCGAUGCUAAAUUGUAUCUAUAUCAAAAAGUUAUUUAGAAUAUCGUGUUAAGGAGUGAAUACGUGUACUUUUUAAUGUUUAAUUAGAAUAGGUGAACUGUGCAUUCCUUAUUAUAGAAUAUUAUAUUUGUUGGAAGAAUGUAUCAUUUGUCCGGAGGUGUAUCAAGGAGAUAUGUUGGAUACAAAAGUUUAAUAACGUUCACCGUACUUUUGAUUGCGUGGCUUGCCGGUUUUUCUUCACGGUUGUUUGCAGUGAUUCGAUUUGAAUCUAUUAUUCAUGAGUUCGAUCCAUGGUUUAAUUACCGAGCGACUGGGUAUAUGGUGGAACAUGGAUUUUAUAAAUUUUUGAAUUGGUUUGAUGAACGAGCGUGGUAUCCCUUAGGAAGAAUUGUUGGUGGAACAGUUUAUCCAGGACUUAUGAUAACAUCUGGUUGUAUACACUAUAUUUUACACACUUUGAAUAUACCGAUCCAUAUACGUGAUAUAUGCGUUUUUUUGGCACCGGUUUUUAGUGGAUUAACAUCGAUUUCAACCUAUUUGCUCACUAGUGAAUUAUGGUCCCAAGGAGCAGGGCUUUUUGCUGCCAGUUUUAUAGCUAUAGUCCCUGGUUAUAUAAGUCGAUCAGUAGCAGGCUCUUAUGAUAACGAAGGAAUUGCUAUUUUUGCACUUCAAUUUACAUAUUUCUUAUGGGUACGUUCCUUGAAAACUGGAUCCGUUUUUUGGUCAGCCGGAGCAGCUUUAUCUUAUUUUUACAUGGUGUCCGCAUGGGGAGGUUAUGUAUUUAUUAUUAACUUAAUACCACUUCACGUAUUUGUUUUGCUUAUAAUGGGUCGGUUCUCUGAGAGGAUUCUAACCAGUUAUUCGACAUUCUACAUUUUGGGAUUACUACUAUCGAUGCAAAUACCGUUUGUAGGUUUUCAACCUAUACGAACAAGUGAGCACAUGGCUGCUCUUGGAAUAUUUGUACUUUUGCUUAUUAUCGCAGUCCUUCGUCACUUACAAAGUGUAUUAUCUCGAAGUGAAUAUCGCAAAGUAUAUCUGUUUGGAGCCAUAACGGCUGCAUUUAUCGUAUUCACUGGUGUGGUUGUACUUACAAUAUCGGGUGUUAUUGCACCAUGGAGUGGUCGAUUUUACUCAUUAUGGGACACUGGAUAUGCUAAAAUACAUAUCCCUAUUAUUGCCUCCGUAUCGGAACAUCAACCGACCACUUGGUUUUCUUUUUUUUUCGAUUUGCAUAUACUGGCUUGUUCGUUUCCAGUUGGAAUUUGGUAUUGCAUUAAGAAUAUUAAUGACGAACGUGUUUUCGUUAUACUCUAUGCCAUUAGUGCUGUAUAUUUUGCGGGUGUUAUGGUACGUUUGAUGCUAACUCUUACUCCAGUCGUGUGUAUUCUUGCUGGUAUUGCAUUUUCUAACUUGUUUGAAGUAUUCCUUAAAGAAGACCACACUUCAAAUAUAUUUGCUCAAAACAGUAUAUCAUCGUACGUGGAGGAUCAAGAUGAUAAUUCAAUGGAGAAGAAAAAUCUGUAUGACAAAGCUGGAAAAGUUAAAUUUCGUCCGAAACAUGAUUCUGUACAUGAGACCCGAAGCGGAAUCGGUUCCAAUUUGAAAAGCGUUAUUAUUCUUGCUAUUUUAAUGAUAUUGAUGAUGUUUGCAGUACAUUGUACAUGGGUUACAAGCAACGCUUAUUCGAGUCCAUCGAUUGUUCUAGCCUUCCAUAACAACCAGGACGGGUCACGUAAUAUAUUGGAUGACUUCCGGGAAGCUUAUUAUUGGCUAUCGCAAAAUACUGACGAUAAUGCCCGUAUUAUGUCAUGGUGGGACUAUGGUUAUCAAAUUGCUGGAAUGGCAAACAGAACUACAUUGGUUGACAAUAACACUUGGAAUAAUAGUCAUAUAGCAUUAGUUGGAAAAGCUAUGUCAUCUACGGAGGAAAAAUCGUUUGAAAUUAUGACUUCUCUAGAUGUGGAUUAUGUGCUCGUUAUAUUCGGUGGAGUUAUUGGUUAUUCCGGUGAUGAUAUUAAUAAGUUUUUGUGGAUGGUUCGAAUCGCUGAGGGUGAGCAUCCCAAGGACAUUAAAGAAAGUGAUUACUUUACAGACAGGGGAGAGUUUCGUAUAGAUUCCGAAGGUGCACCUGCUCUUCUUAACUGUCUUAUGUAUAAACUAAGUUACUAUCGAUUCGGAGAAUUAAAGCUUGAUUACAGGGGUCCUGCGGGAUACGAUCGAACAAGGAAUGCAAUUAUAGGAAACAAAGAUUUCGAACUUACUUAUCUUGAGGAAGCUUAUACUACUGAACAUUGGUUAGUACGCAUCUACCGCGUAAAAAAGCCAUAUGAAUUCAAUCGACCUUCAUUAAAACUCAGUGAAAGGAUACUAACACCAACCAAUUAUAUCACUAAAAAGAAUCCUAAACGUCGUAAAGGAUACAUAAGAAGUCGACCAACUGUUAUCAAAGGAAAAAGAACCAAAAAAUUACAAUAAUAAAAGCCAAAAACUAAAACGUUUUUAUUUCACAUGCGACAAGCUCUUAUUUUCGGUUUAAUAUCACUUUAGAAAAUGUCAUCAUGCAUAGCAAAUUAUAUCUGUCGCUAUGUUAAUAAAAGCCUAUUUUUUUUAUAA